CGGAGGCGCCACCACCAUGUCCGUCGCCGAAGCCACCGUCGCCGCCGUGGGCUCGGGCGGUUGCUACGACCGCCGGCGCGAGCUGCAGGCGUUCGACGACACCAGGGCCGGCGUCAAGGGCCUCCUCGACGCCGGCGCCACGUCCAUCCCGGCCAUCUUCCACCACCCGCCGGACUCCCUGCCCCAGCAAGAGGCGGACGCGCCGUCCAUCACUGCCGACGACGCGCACACGGCGGUCCCGGUCAUCGACCUCAUGGCGGCCCCGCGGGAGGAGGUGGUCGCGCUGGUGAGGGCGGCGGCCGAGACGGCCGGGUUCUUCCAGGUGGUCAACCACGGCGUGCCGGGCGAGGCCAUGGCCGCCGUGCUCGCGGCCGUGAGGGGGUUCAACGAGGAGCCCGCGGAGGCGAAGAGGCCCUACUACACGAGGGACACGGCCGCCCGCAAGGUGAGGUUCUACUCUAACCUCGACCUCUUCCAGUCGCAGGCGGCCUGCUGGCGCGACACCAUCUUCUGCGACAUGGCGCCGGAGCCGCCGGCGCCGGAGGAGAUGCCGGAGCCACUCAGCAGCGUGAUGUUCGAGUACACGGACGCGGUCCGGAAGCUCGCGGUGUGGGUGUUCGAGCUGCUGUCGGAGUCGCUCGGCCUGGCCGGCGACCACCUCAGCAGGAUGGGCUGCGGGGAGAGCCUCAAGGUGGCGGGCAACUACUACCCGCCGUGCCCGGAGCCGCACCGCACCCUCGGCAACACCAGGCACACGGACCCGACGUUCCUCACCGUCCUCCUGCAGGACGGCGUGGGCGGCCUGCAGGUGCUCCUCGACCGCGGCGGCGGCGGCGGCGGCUGGGUGGACGUCCCUCCCGUGCCCGGCGCCCUGAUCAUCAACGUCGGCGACCUUCUCCAGCUCGUGAGCAACGGCCGGUUCAGGAGCGUGGAGCACCGCGUCCUGGCGAACAAGGGCACGGGCGCGGCGAGGGUCUCCGUGGCGGCGUUCGUCGACGUGGGGAGGUCCAUGAGGCGGUACGGCCCCAUCCAGGAGCUCGUCACGCCGCCGGGCGGUGGCAACCCGCCGAUCUACAGGAGCGUCACGGUGGAAGAGUUCGUCGCGCACUUCUACAGAAAAGGCAGCGAGAGGCGUCCCAGGCUUGACUACUUCAAGCUGGAGCAGUAGCACACUCUUUUUACUAGUAGUUAAGCAAGGGAUGGGCACUAGUACAUGCUUGCUGUGUGUAGCUCCCAAAUGGAAAUAAUCUUGGAAUAAUGGAGUAUCCAGAGUGCUUGUUUUUUAGAAA